AAGUCCACUCAGCAUCGUGUCUUGAAGUAACUACAAGCACUUUGGUUCUUCUUUAAAAAAAAAAAAAAAGGGGAAAAAAAAGGAGAAGAAGGGAGGACAGCAUCUUCGCCAACUACAUCUGGCAACCCACAUCGCUGCUCCGGACCUCCUCCAAGCACUGAGGAUUCUUGUUCACAUCCUGACAUGAAGCUCAAUUUCUUUGGUACCAUUGUGAUUCUGCUCGUUGCCUUCCUGCCGCGCUACGAAUGUCGGGCUGUUGAGAGCCCCGGCGGAGUUCUGCGCAUCCCCGCUGCCCAAAGCCCAAACUCCCAGCAGCAGCAGCAGCAGCAACAGCAGCACCGGUCGCCCUCGGGUCCCAUCCUGGAGCGCCUGGGCGAGGAGUACUUCCUCCGGCUGGGCAGCGGGGACUCAAACUCUCUCCCCCCGUCGUCCAUGUACCCCCUGGGCGCAGGUGGCCUCCUCAACAGGGCGCUGCAGCUCCAGCUGACUCGGCGGCUUUUGCAAGGCAGAGUUGGCAACAUGCGCGCGUUCGUCGGCGGCUUGGCGGACCGCAAGGAAGACGGUUCCUACGACUCGAGGGAGCGGGGACGCAGGUCCGAAGACCCGCCCAUCUCCCUGGACCUCACCUUCCACCUGCUGCGGGAGAUGAUGGAGAUGUCCAGGGCGGAGCAGAUCGCGCAGCAGGCUCAAAACAACAGAAGAAUGAUGGAGCUCUUCGGGAAGUGAGGACCAAAGACCCUUCCCACCUAAAAUCCUUUUAUUUAUUUAUUAUAUAUUAUAAUAUUAUCUUUUGCAUUUGUAAAAUCAGCACAAAAACAUGCUCUGUACAAUAUCGUGCUGCUUUAUCACUCUAUUAUUUAUAGCUGUGACCACAAACAUGAACAUGGAAUGACUUAAAAAUGAUAAUGAUGCCAUGUCAGAAAAUUAUAUAUAUAUAUAUAUAUAUAUAUAUAUAUAUAUAUAUAUAUAUAUAUAUAUAUAUAUAUAUAUAUACACCGUAUUUUUCGGACAAUAAGUCGCAGUUUUUUUCUUAGUUUGGCCACGGGUGCGACUUAUACUCAGGAGUGACUUGUGUGUGAAAUUAUGAACACAUUACCGUAAAAUAUCAAAUAAUAUUAUUUAGCUCAUUCACGUAAGAGACUAGACCAGGGGUAGGGGACCUAUGGCUUUAGAGACAGAUAUGGCUCUUUUGAUGACUGCAUCUGGCUCUCAGAUAAAUCUUAGCUGACAGUGCUUAACACGAUAAGUAAUGAAUAAUUACGCUGGUAAUCACAGUGUCAAAAAUAACGUUCAAAAUAUAAAUCAUUCUCAUGCAUUUUAAUCCAUCCAUCCGGUUUCUACCGCACCAAUUCAAGAAGUCGGAUUAAUGGUAAGAAAUAUUUCAUUUAUUGUCGGUUAGCUUCAGAAUAACAAUGUUAUUAAAAAGAAUAAGGGACUUAUUUUACGUAUUAUAUUAAAAUGUUGGUCUUACUUAAAAAUACACGCAUUUAGUUGUAU